CAGGGGGAGGCGCGGGAGCGGAGAGCGGGGACGGCGCGCAGCGCGAGCGGCGGGCGGGCGGGCUGGCAGGCGGGCUGCUCUCGCGCUCCCGCUCCCACUGUCACCCGCGCAUCCCCGCGCACCCCGUCCUCACCCGCGCACCCCCGCACACGCACCCCCGUUGGCCCGGGCCGCCUGGCGCGGGGCCCCGAGGCGGGGAUCUGGCGGGCAGAACGCGCCCCGCGCCCGAGCCCGCGCCCACCUCGGCGUCUUUGCGCUCCGCAGCGGCGCGCCUCGCCGGGCGCCCCCGCCAGUCCUGCCGGAAGAUGGUCAACGACCGGUGGAAGACCAUGGGCGGCGCUUCCCAACUUGAGGACCGGCCGCGUGACAAGCCGCAGCUCUCUCUUCCUGAGUCUGCACGGCAGACCCCCACGUGUGGGGCAGGGCGUGUCAUUAUUGCCUCCACUUUACAGUGGCCAAGCUGCGGCUACGUGCUGUGCACGGUGCUGCUCUCGCUGGCGGUGCUGCUGGCCGUGGCCGUCACGGGUGCCGUGCUCUUCCUGAACCACACCCACGUGCCAGGCACGGCGCCCCCUCCCGUCGUCAGCACCGGGCCCGCAGGUGCCAACAGCGCCCUGGUCACCGUGGAGAGGGCCGACAGCUCGCGCCUCAGCAUUCUCAUCGACCCGCGCUGCCCCGACCUCACCGACGGCUUCGCCCGCCUGGAGGGCGCCCAGGCCUCCGUGCUACAGGCCCUGGCGGAGCUUCAGGCCCAGCCGAGGCUGGCAGGCGAGCGGGAGCGGGAGCUUCUGGACACCCUGGGGGACCAGCUGCCCCGGCUGCUGGCCCGGGCCUCCGAGCUGCAGGCGGAGUGUGUGGGGCUGCGGAAGGGCCUCGGCGUGCUGGGCCAGGGGCUCGGCGCCCUGCAGAGCGAGCAGGGCCGCCUCAUCCAGCUUUUCUCCGAGAGUCAAGGCCACAUGGCUCACCUGGUGAACUCGGUCAGUGACGUACUAGACGCCCUGCAGAGGGACCGGGGGCUGGGCCGGCCCCGCGUCAAGGCUGACCUUCAGAGGGCGCCUGCCAGGGGAUUGCGGCCCCGGGGCUGCGCCAGCGGCUCUCCGCCACGCGACUGCCUGGACGUGCUCCUGAGCGGACAGCAGGAGGAUGGCAUUUACUCAGUCUUCCCCACACACUACCCUGCCGGCUUCCAGGUCUACUGUGACAUGCGCACAGACGGCGGCGGCUGGACGGUGUUUCAGCGCCGGGAGGACGGCUCCGUGAACUUCUUCCGAGGCUGGGAAGCGUACCGGGACGGCUUCGGCAAGCUCACGGGGGAGCACUGGCUAGGGCUCAGGAGGAUCCACGCUCUGACCACGCAGGCCGCCUACGAGCUCCACGUGGACCUCGAGGACUUCGAGAACGGCACGGCCUACGCCCGCUACGGGAGCUUUGGCGUGGGCUUGUUCUCCGUGGACCCGGAGGAAGACGGCUACCCGCUCACCGUGGCCGACUACUCGGGCACUGCAGGGGACUCCCUCCUGAAGCACAGCGGCAUGAGGUUCACCACCAAGGACCGCGACGGUGACCACUCGGAGAACAACUGCGCGGCCUUCUACCGCGGCGCCUGGUGGUACCGCAACUGCCACACGUCCAACCUGAACGGGCAGUACCUGCGGGGCGCGCACGCCUCCUACGCCGACGGCAUCGAGUGGUCCUCCUGGACCGGCUGGCAGUACUCGCUCAAGUUCUCCGAGAUGAAGAUCCGGCCGGUCCGCGAGGACCGCUAGCUGGGCGCUCCCCACCCUGGCCCCCCGCCCCCACCCAUCCCUGCGCGCCCCCGCCCCC